AACUCUUGGACAUGUUGGCAGAUGCAGGUCCAAUAUGUGUGUGUAAUUUCCGCCAUCUAUUACCCACUAUGCAAGAUGCUGCAUAUGGUGCCCAGAGCGAAGAGAGCGUGACACAAACAACAGCACGAAGCAUAGUAUAUUGUGUUGGUGAUCUUGAACUUUAGUUUUGCUCAACUCUGGCUCUCACACCGUCUUUGACAGACGGCAUGGAUGAUGCUGAACCGCUGAUUAUCAAGGACGACGGCUUCUGAAUACUUUCACCCUUUGGUCUCUGAAUGUAUUGGCUAGCUGCUUUGUUUCUCAAAAUGGUCAACGAAACAAGUGUUCCUUUCAUAGUCGGACAUGGCUGUUGUGUCCGACUUUCCCUUGUUGUUGCACCACAUUCCUUUCAUGCAAUAUGCUAAGUCCGGGUCGUGCCCGGACAGCCCGUCGGUAGACGUCGUGUGCGGAGACCGGCCGGUACCCUCGAUGUUGAUUGCCUGUUGCACAAUGUCGGCACCCGGCCGGUUGGUGGUUGCUGGAUGGGGCCGGAUCGCAGAUGUCUUCCUCAGAUAUACCCCGCCAUAUCAUAACGUCAUCCGUCUAAACCCCACCAUUUACAAGCCGCCGUUUUCAACGUCUUCCGCUCUAAUCAACGGCGUUUAUGUGUCUAUUAACAGCGCGUUUUAUAUCGGUUUUUAUUUUCCUGCCACUCACCAAUUCAGUCACUCAUCGAAACGCUUAGCCUGAAAUUCUGACAAAAUGCCUGAUCUCAUGAAAGCAGUCGACAUCAAGAACGGCAAAGGUCCCGCCUCAGCCCUCUUCAUCAACCCCUCCACCCCUAUCCCCCAUUCCCCAGCAGGCCACGCCCUCGUCAGAAUCAAGGCCUUUGGCCUCAACCGUAUGGAUCUCCUCCAAAGAGAAGGGAACUACCCCCUCCCUCCCCAGGCACCGUCCACCCUAGGAGUAGAAUUCAGCGGCACGAUCGUCUCUUUCGGUGGAGACGAGCCAAACCAGGAACACGAGCACUUCAAGAAGGGAGACGAGGUCUUCGGUUUGGCUUAUGGUGGGGCUUAUGCGGAGUACAUCUCUGUCUCUACCCGGAUGCUCUUGCAUAAACCGAACUGGUUGUCGUUUGAGCAGGCGGCUGGGAUACCAGAGACGUGGAUUACCGCGCUUCAAGCGUUGGAUUUUGUGCUGGGGGGUGCGGAGGGGAAGACGAUACUGUGGCAUGCUGGGGCGAGCUCGGUGUCGAUCUCGGGGAUACAGCUGUCGAGAGUAUCGGGGGCGAAGGAGACAUAUGCUACGGCUGGGACGGGGGAGAAGAUCAAGUUCAUUGAGGGGACGUUGGGGGCGACGAAGGGGUUUAAUUACAAGAGCGAGGAUUGGGUGAAGGGAAUUUUGGAGGCUACGGGUGGGAAGGGAGUGGAUCUUAUUGUUGACUUUGUUGGGGGGGGUUACUUUGAGAAGAAUCUGGAUGUGGUGGCGAGGGAUGGGAGGCUUGUGAUGCUGGGGUUGAUGGGGGGCAUGCAGACGCCGGAUAGGGUUAAUAUUGGGAAGCUGUUGUAUAAGAGGGUGAGGGUGGAGGGGAGUACGUUGAGGAGUAGGGAUGAGGAGUAUCAGGGGAAGCUGAGGGAUAGGUUGGAGCAGGAGUAUCUUCCAAAGUUUGAGAAGGGUGAGCUGAAGGUGUUUGUUGAUAGGGUUUUGCCUUGGGAGGAGAUUCAGAAGGGACAUGAGGUGUUGGAGGCGAAUGAGACCAUGGGGAAGGUCAUUUGCACAAUCUCAUAAGCAUGAGAGAAUCUUUACGGAGCCCCCUAUUUGUCUUACUAGCGGCCCCCUCCCUAUCUACCGAUUUACUUACCUUCCCUGUAACAUAGUAAAAGGCCUGGCCAUGUAGUGUGAACCCCACAUAGCAGGACAGCCUUAAACUCUGCUCUGUUGGAGGAGGGACUUUAUUUAGUUCGGUGGGGGAAAUGCUAGCUAAGGAUAUUGAUGGGAUUGGAGGUCCGUUGGAAUCUCUACUUACAGGACUUAUGCCCUCUGUUGCAAAUCGGGAAGCCUACCUUGGCUUAGAAUGGUAUGGGGAGCUGUAUCAAUGUAUGGCCAGUGGUAAGGUAGAGGACCCGUUGGAUCGAUAUACCCUCUAGAAACGAGAUUCUCUACUACAAGAUUGGGUCGAUAGGCAUGUUGAUCUCCGCCUCAGGGAUGGGACGAGAUACCUUACUCACCAGCCCCAAGCUCCUCAUAUUCACCAUACGUCUCCUGCACCAAUACCUCAAUCUCACUAACGCUUGCUUGCCCUCGAAUUUCCAUUUGCUCGCUUCAAAACACACACACACACACACACACACUGAGACUUUUAUGUCAAGUCGGGUGAGCGGUUCGACCAGGUUGUUCCAAUAAAUAAAGCACCCUAGGGUUCCUAUUUAUUGCGGUGCUGGGAGUUGAGAAACUCUUGGGUCAGCGGAGCGAACCGAUUUGAGUCGAAGGAAGAAUGCGGUGCCUCCUGCGUAGUCGCCUGGGUGAUUAUCUUUUCCAUCGCGUAAGCGCCGUGUAUCUUCUCCAGAAAAAUCAUGCGGACAGAGCGUACUACACCGUCCCCCGACUCGAGCGAGAUUGUCCAUGCCCCGUAAAAGUCGGGAACAACGGACCCGGCAAAGCCAGCAGUGCGGAUUUCCUCAUAUGCGCGAGGACUCAAUGGAAUAAUGCAGGUCCGCUUUCGUCAUCACAUCCGGGCAGGCGGCGUCACAAGAGUUGCCGUAGCGUUCAUCCAGAGAGUAAUAAGCGCCAUCGUAAACUUUAGCGAUCACUUCGUUGCGUUUUCCGUUCGCCAAUAUGAUGACUCCCUCGAAGACCGUUUGACCUUCCGUAUGCUCAUUGAACUGAAUGAUCCGAGUGAUGGUGAACUUGCGACUUUCAGGAUUCUUGACUUCGGUUGUCGUGAUGGGGGGAUGAGCCAAAGCAAGCUCGACUCGGCUUUUUGGACACCAAUAGGUGGCACUCGACCAGAACGCAUUCCACUCGCUUCUCUUCUCCGGGAGUUUAUAGCGAAUGCGUCCCACAAUUCCAAAUGGUUCCGGUGGUAGAUGUCGUUGAAUCUCAAGCACCGCUCCCUCAUGAUAGGUAUCGUCGGGCACAUGCGGAGGGGCCAUUUCGGCAAAGCAGAGACUGAAGGUUCUUGGUAUCAGCGGGUUUUGGAAGAAGACAAUCUAAAGCUGCUACACAUACCAGGAUGUCGCGGAGCUUGAGUUCUGCGAGUAAUUUGGAAUUUCGCUGUUAUUGGGUGCAAAAUACCAGAAGAGUCAAGCAACUGGUCCCUUUGUGGUUUCGUUUGGGAAACCAUUUAAUAAGCCUUAAAAGAUAGUUAAGAGGUCUUGAAAGAUAGUCAAAGUCGGCACAACCAUCAUUAUUGUCUUCC